AUGGCCAUCACCAAGAUCCACGCUCGCUACGUCUACGACUCUCGUGGUAACCCCACCGUCGAGGUCGACGUCGUCACCGAGACCGGCCUUCACCGUGCCAUCGUCCCUUCCGGUGCCUCCACUGGUCAGCACGAGGCUUGCGAGCUCCGCGAUGGUGACAAGACCAAGUGGGGUGGCAAGGGUGUCACCAAGGCUGUCGACAACGUCAACAGCAUCAUUGCUCCCGCUCUGAUCAAGGAGAACCUUGAUGUCAAGGACCAGACCAAGGUCGACAAGUUCCUCAUCGACCUCGACGGCACCCCCAACAAGACAAAGCUCGGCGCCAACGCCAUCCUCGGUGUCUCGCUGGCUGUUGCCAAGGCUGGUGCUGCUGAGAAGGGCGUCCCUCUGUACGCCCACGUCUCUGACCUCGCCGGUACCAAGAAGCCCUUCGUCCUCCCCGUCCCCUUCAUGAACGUCCUGAACGGAGGUUCCCACGCUGGUGGUCGCCUCGCCUUCCAGGAGUUCAUGAUCGUCCCCUCCGACGCUCCCUCUUUCUCCGAGGCCAUGCGCCAGGGUGCCGAGGUCUACCAGGCCCUCAAGGGUCUGGCCAAGAAGAAGUACGGCCAGUCUGCCGGCAACGUCGGUGACGAGGGUGGUGUUGCCCCCGACAUCCAGACUGCCCAGGAGGCCCUUGACCUCAUCACCGAGGCGAUCGAGAAGGCUGGCUACACUGGCAAGAUGAACAUUGCCAUGGACGUCGCCUCCUCCGAGUUCUACAAGGAGGACGCCAAGAAGUACGACCUGGACUUCAAGAACCCCGAGAGCGACCCUACCAAGUGGAUCACCUACGAGGAGCUCGCUGCCCUGUACUCUGACCUCUGCAAGAAGUACCCCAUUGUCAGCAUCGAGGACCCCUUCGCCGAGGACGACUGGGAGGCCUGGAGCUACUUCUACAAGUCCCAGGACAUCCAGAUCGUUGGUGAUGACUUGACCGUCACCAACCCCCUGCGCAUCAAGAAGGCCAUCGAGCUCAAGUCGGCCAACGCUCUGCUGCUCAAGGUCAACCAGAUCGGCACCCUUACCGAGUCUAUCCAGGCCGCCAAGGACUCGUACGCCGAUGGCUGGGGCGUCAUGGUCUCCCACCGCUCUGGUGAGACCGAGGACGUCACCAUCUCGGACAUUGUUGUCGGCAUCCGUGCUGGUCAGAUCAAGACGGGUGCCCCUGCCCGUUCCGAGCGUCUUGCCAAGCUCAACCAGAUUCUCCGCAUCGAGGAGGAGCUCGGCAGCAACGCUGUCUACGCCGGCGCCAACUUCCGCAAGGCCGUUGAGUUUCACCUCCCGGUGUACACGAACAUACAUCGCAUCAGACGAGACAUCAUCUCCAUCGUAGAGGAUUAUCUCAGUUUGGAGCAGCUUCGCGAUGUCAGAAUCAAUAUUGCUGUUGUUCGUCCCCUAGUCGACAAGCUGUAUGAGCUCGACGACAUAUCCAUAGUCUACUGCUUGCUUGUCAAUCGCGCACAAUUCCUCCAUGAGCAAUCACAUCUCAACAGUCGUCAAAAUGUCAACUACAGCCGCGCAACACUGUGCGAGCUCGUGGCGACCCGUAUUCUGAGGCGUUUCAGCGAGGACAAUGAGGGUCCUGAAGGUUUGGUAUUGCUGUCGCACAUUCUAGUUGCUGGCUUUGAACCUUUUCAAAUGGCUCCGGCUGGCAUUCGCGAAGCCGCUUCGACCGAGACUUACCGUUCUUACAACCGCAUGCUCCCCUCGCUUGAGAUCGCCAUCUUGACUGAGAGCAAACAUUUCCUGAGCGCAACCCCUUGCCAGAAAGUCGUCGACGCCAUUUAUGAAGGCCGCAUUGUCUACACGCCUUCAAGUUUUAUGGAUAUCAUUCCUGAUCAUUACAAGUUGAAGCCUAUUUCCUUGUAUAAUCCCCGGGAAGGCCCGUUGCUUGACCAAUACCGGCUUCUCGUACCUCGUACGAGAAACAUCUUAGAAGUCUUCCAGUUCAUGGUUCUCCUCGCCCUUUACCUCUUCGUCAUGGCUGAGCGAAAUCCCGAAAAGUUCACUCUAUUGGAAGGUUGCUUUGCCGUCUUCGCGUUUGGAUGGUCUCUUGACCAGUUUGCGACAAUUUUGGAACACGGCUGGCAUGUCUACACCCAAAACUUAUGGUCCUUUCUUGACGUAGGAUUCAUCGGUCUUUACGCCAUAUAUGUGGUCCUUCGUAUCCAUGGCGGUCGUACCGGGGAACUUGUUCCAAAACAGCAGGCUUUGGACGUCCUGGCAAUGGGUGCUCCCGUCCUAGUACCAAGGCUUGCUUUUAACUUGCUGUCAGACAAUCUUGUCUUUCUCUCUCUGCGCUCCAUGAUGUCAGACUUUGUUCUGUUGACGUUCCUAUCGGCUUGGUGUUUUGGCGGAUUUCUCCUAUCCCUUCUUUGGCUUGGCGAAGGCCCACCGGGAGAGGGCGAGCAUGCACCAGUCUUGAUCGGCAAGUGGAUGUUGUGGAUCUGGUUUGGACUAGACGGUACAGGCAUCUCGCGAUCGGCCGAUUUUCACCCCUUGUUGGGCCCGGUCCUCAUGGUAGCAUUCGCUUUCCUAGGAAACACACUGUUCCUCACAAUACUCGUAUCGAUGCUCUCCAACACUUUUAGCACAAUCGUCAAGAACGCCACCGCUGAAAUCCAGUUCCGGAAAGCAGUGUUGACCCUAGAAGGCGUCAAGGGCGAUGCCAUCUUUGCAUACCAGCCUCCCUUCAAUAUUUUGGCAGUGUUCCUCCUUCUUCCCCUGAAGUUCGUUCUUGGCCCGCGUUGGUUCCACAAGAUACACGUAGCAAGCGUCAGGCUCGUCAAUCUUCCGCUGCUGCUCAUCAUCGCCGUCGCGGAACGGAGGAUUCUUUGGCCCCCUCCGCAGCCAGAGAAGUCGAAGACAGGUGGAACGUUGACCUUGUACCCCCGGGUCAAGCAGUGGUUCUGGGAGAAAUGGCGUAUAACAGCUCAUCGCGACAUAAGAGCCGUGUUUGAUCUGCCGCCUCCUGAUUCUGUGGAGGAAGAGAUCGCCGUGGAUGACGACUUCACCCAUCACAUGAUCCGACGUCAAUUCACUAGGACGAUCACGAACGAUACGAUGCGGAAGAAAUCGCCUCUUAGGAGAGACUCGAUGUUCCCGGGCGUUUCGUCCAAGUUGAGAGGAUCAUUUACCGGCAGUGAGGAUAUGCACGAUGUAAACAGCAGGUUGGAGGCACUGGAGCAGUCAACACUAAGGAUUGAGAACUUGUUGGCUCGGAUGGUGGGCUCUGACGAUUAUUCCGACAAGAACUUUGGCACAGGGGAAAGCAGCACUCUCCGAGACAUGGACGCAUCUUUGACUCAAUCGCCAAAGUAG